CUACCGACAUGGCCCGUACCAAGCAAACCGCCCGCAAAUCUACCGGAGGCAAGGCUCCCAGGAAGCAGUUGGCCACCAAAGCCGCCCGCAAGAGCGCACCGGCGACCGGAGGAGUGAAGAAACCCCAUCGUUACCGUCCCGGUACCGUGGCUCUCCGUGAAAUCCGUCGUUACCAGAAGAGCACCGAGCUGUUGAUCCGCAAAUUGCCUUUCCAACGUUUGGUCCGUGAGAUCGCCCAAGACUUCAAGACCGACUUGCGUUUCCAGAGCUCGGCCGUCAUGGCUCUGCAAGAAGCCAGCGAAGCAUACUUGGUCGGUCUGUUCGAAGACACCAACUUGUGCGCUAUCCACGCCAAGCGCGUUACCAUCAUGCCCAAGGACAUCCAGUUGGCUCGCCGUAUUCGCGGAGAACUAUCGUCUGGAUUUUCUCUCGUUUCACUACACGACAAUCUACAAUCGAGCAUCAUGACCGGACGCGGCAAAGGAGGAAAAGCAAAGAGCGGCAAAUCGAAGACCCGGUCGUCCCGUGCCGGACUCCAGUUCCCGGUCGGUCGUAUCCAUCGUCUGUUGAGGAAGGGCAACUACGCCGAGCGCGUCGGUGCCGGCGCUCCCGUGUACCUGGCCGCCGUCAUGGAGUACUUGGCCGCUGAAGUGUUGGAGUUGGCCGGUAACGCCGCCCGUGACAACAAGAAGACCCGUAUCAUCCCCAGACAUUUGCAGUUGGCCAUCAGGAACGACGAGGAGUUGAACAAACUGUUGUCCGGCGUCACCAUCGCCCAAGGCGACAGUUUACGAACUACCGACAUGGCCCGUACCAAGCAAACCGCCCGCAAAUCUACCGGAGGCAAGGCUCCCAGGAAGCAGUUGGCCACCAAAGCCGCCCGCAAGAGCGCACCGGCGACCGGAGGAGUGAAGAAACCCCAUCGUUACCGUCCCGGUACCGUGGCUCUCCGUGAAAUCCGUCGUUACCAGAAGAGCACCGAGCUGUUGAUCCGCAAAUUGCCUUUCCAACGUUUGGUCCGUGAGAUCGCCCAAGACUUCAAGACCGACUUGCGUUUCCAGAGCUCGGCCGUCAUGGCUCUGCAAGAAGCCAGCGAAGCAUACUUGGUCGGUCUGUUCGAAGACACCAACUUGUGCGCUAUCCACGCCAAGCGCGUUACCAUCAUGCCCAAGGACAUCCAGUUGGCUCGCCGUAUUCGCGGAGAACGUGCUUAAUCGUCUCAAUACUCUACAAAUCCUCUUUAAA